CAAAGGAUUUCUUGAUCGUGAACUGAAUUAUUCACCGUGUAAUAGUUACUUAAAUCGACGCACUUCAGUCAUGCUUAACAAUUGUCCUAUGAAUUAUAGUAUCCUAUUAAGGUAAGGUGAAAUUUUGUUCUGUAAGUAAAAUCAGUUUUAUGACGAUUGCUUUGGGUUGCAAGUAAAAUUUGAAUAUCCGAAAUGAGCGCGAGGGAAUUGUUCUUUGCUCCUAUUGGUCAGAUCCAAUGACAACACCCAUUGUGUCCAUUCUGUGAAAUCCAACUGAGCAUACUAUCAUCUCUUUCGUUCUCUAUUACCAGGUUGAGCAGACCGAAUUUUUGGGGGGUUUUUAACUUAAUUUUCAAAUAAAAUGAUGAUGGAACCAGCCUUCGAAGGCCUUCAACCUGAGGAGGAAAUAUUUCCAAACCGAGUUUUUCUCGGGGGCCUAGAUCGUAAGUUUACGGAGCUGCAGUUAGAAAAAUUUUUCUCAGAGAUUGGUCCAGUAAAUGAUGUACGGAUUGUUUGCGAUAGAAAAACUGGAUUGUCUAAAGGUUAUGGAUUUGUUACCUUUGAAAACGUCGACGUUUGUCAAGAACUAAUCAAACAGGGCUCCAUUGAGUAUGAGGGGAAAACACUGCGAGUUCGAACUGCCGUUAGAAGAAAGGGCCAAGGUCAAUUCGAGGAUGAAAAGAAAGAAAAUUUCAAAUUGAAAUUUCUAAACUCUCAGCCUAAAGUAAACCAUGCAGACAACAUGUACUAUACAUACUUAUGGCCGCCUACAGCUGCUGAAUAUCAAAAUUAUCAUUACGCAUUGGCUUAUCAAAAUGUUGUAUACGUUCCCGCUGUGUAUUAUCAGCCAUGGACAAGUUUUUAAAAUUUUACAAAAGAUUUACCAUUAUGAUGCAGAAUAUAUCUAUCUCUUAAAAGGAAAUGAAUUUUCAUCUUUUUUAUGUAAAAGCGUGUGACUUGCCAAUUUUUACACCAUUAUCGUUUUAUUCUGCUAAGUUAUUGAUCUUAUGUGUGAUGUAUAUUUAUGUGUGUGGAUUAAAUUGCGACUGAGCUUGCAUAGAGAAUGUAAAAUGAACUUCUAAAAAGCUGUAGAAGUGCUUAAAUAUACACUUUACGCGAUGUGUGACUU